GGGUGAUCCGCUCCCUUCGCUCCUCCUGGCCGUCACACCUCCUGGGCUUCAGCUCCAAGGAAGUUCGGCGCGUGGGCUUUCCACAAGCAUCUCCUUCUCGCUUCAUCAUUUCAUUCUUGUUUACUGAUACGGACACCUAAGGACGACAGUUCUGCAAGAAGCGUCAAAAUGGAGGAGGAGCCGAGUACAAACGUUACCCGGAAGCAGUAGCAUGGCAAUGAGCGUGUUUGCAGUACCUUGAGCUGAAAUGUUGCGGACACAGAAGGUUCAGUUAUCAGUAAGAAACGAGAACGUCGUUUUUCUUCUUCUACUUAGGUUCUCAGCUAAAAGAGAAGCAUCCUCAAGAAGCAAUCGCAGGGUUGAGAAUGAAAAACCCUGAUCUUGGAAUAAACAGCCUAUGUUAUAAUACAGGCUCUGCUUCUAUCCACUGCUGAGAUGAGUCGUCACCUGUGUAUGUGGCUUUUCCGGCAUCCAUCUCUCAAUGUUUGCCCCCCGAGACACGUCUUCCUCUGUUGUCAGCCAUUUAGACAGGUCAGUCUUGAUACAAGGCUGUGGAAUUUCAGACAAAACAAGAGUCACGUUCUCCAUCAGCUCUUAUUAAAUAAGAGUUGGCCCAGGGGCUUCUGUCAUCAAGAUACAAAGAUGCUUUGGAAACACAAAGCCCUGCAGAAGUAUAUGGAAGACCUGAAUAAAGAGUACCAAACCCUUGACCAGCGUCUGCAGGAGCUCUCUGAGAGUGAAGGAGACCGAAGGGCCUUGCACAGAAGGCAUGCGGAGUUGGCACCACUGGCAGCUGUUUAUCAAGAAAUUCAGGAGGCCAAACAAGCCAUUGAAGAGUUAGAGUCGAUGUGUAAAAGUUUAAAUAAACAAGAAGAAAAGCAGUUGCAAGAACUUGUAUCAGAAGAAAGGCAAAUCAUUGACCAGAAGAUCAACACACUGUAUAGUGAGCUUUUGGAGCAUCUAGUGCCAAAGGAGAAACAUGACAGAAGUGACGUUAUUUUAGAGGUGACGUCUGGAAGAACUACUGGAGGUGAUAUCUGUCAACAGUUUACUAGAGAAAUAUUUGAUAUGUACCAGAAUUAUUCAUACUAUAAACACUGGGAAUUUGAGCUGCUGAAUUACACACCAGCAGAUUAUGGUGGACUGCAUCAUGCAGCUGCCCGCAUUUCUGGCGACAGUGUCUAUAAGCAUUUGAAGUAUGAAGGUGGAAUCCACCGAGUUCAGCGAAUCCCAGAGGUGGGCCUGUCGUCAAGGAUGCAGCGUAUUCACACAGGAACGAUGUCAGUUAUUGUCCUUCCUCAGCCCGAUGAGGUAGAUGUGAAAGUGGAUCCCAGGGACCUACGAAUAGACACAUUUCGAUCCAAAGGAGCAGGAGGGCAGCAUGUUAACACAACAGACAGUGCUGUGAGGCUUGUCCACAUCCCCACAGGACUGGUAGUAGAGUGCCAGCAAGAACGAUCACAGCUAAAAAACAAAGAAAUAGCUUUGCGUGUGUUGAGAGCUAGACUCUACCAACGGAUAGCCGAGAGAGACAAGUGUCAGCAACAGAGUGCUAGAAAACUGCAGGUGGGAACAAGAGCACAGUCAGAGAGAAUCCGGACAUACAAUUUCACCCAGGAUAGAGUCACUGACCACAGGAUAGCGUUUGAAGUUCGGGACAUUAAGGAAUUUUUACGUGGUGAGAAAUGUCUGGAUCAGCUAAUUCAGAGACUGCUUCAAUCAGCAGAUGAAGAGGCCAUAGCUGAAUUUUUGGAUGAGAGCCUUAAAUCAGUGAAAUAA